GCGCGUUGCGGAGCUUGGAACACCAUGGUUAUGGCGGGGCAGCGCCGGGGCACUCUCCGGCGACUGGGGUAACUACGAAUAGUAAAAAUGUUUUGCGAUGCCGCGGGCCUUGUGUAAAGGUCAUACAUUUUUGAGUCACACGCUUAAGAUAUUUUCGUUCGAUCUUUGUCACUCACUUACUUCUACCUUCUCACUUCCACAUUGCCUACGACCUACCUCACUUUAAUUCACUCUACAUUAAUCUCAGGAACCGUCAAACGACACAAUGGCGACUGAGCUCCCCACCACGAAUGGCCACAGCGCUCAAGAUGGCGAGACGAGCUUCGCUGUCAAGGCGGGUUUGGCGAGGAUGUUGAAGGGUGGUGUUAUCAUGGACGUCGUCAAUGCUGAGCAGGCGCGCAUAGCAGAGGAAGCCGGCGCAUCAGCUGUCAUGGCCCUCGAGCGAGUUCCCGCCGACAUCCGCGUACAGGGCGGCGUAGCCAGAAUGAGUGACCCCAAGAUGAUUAGGGAGAUCAUGGAUACAGUCACUAUCCCCGUCAUGGCGAAGGCACGCAUUGGACACUUCGUUGAGUGCCAGAUCCUCGAAGCCCUAGGCGUAGACUACAUCGACGAAUCCGAGGUCCUCACCCCGGCCGACGCGAUAUACCAUGUGUCCAAACACCCUUUCCGCGUCCCCUUCGUCUGCGGCUGCCGCGGUCUCGGCGAAGCACUCCGCCGCAUCAGCGAAGGCGCAGCCAUGAUCCGCACAAAGGGCGAAGCAGGAACUGGCGACGUGAUCGAAGCCGUGCGCCAUAUGCGUACCGUCAACAGCGAAAUCGCGCGUGCCAAGUCCAUGAGCGAGGAGGAGCUGCGCGUGUACGCGAAGGAGCUGCAGGUGGAUUACGAUUUAUUGAAGGAGACAGCGAAGUUGGGCCGCUUGCCUGUGGUCAACUUUGCGGCGGGUGGUGUAGCGACUCCGGCGGAUGCGGCGCUCAUGAUGCAGCUUGGAUGUGAUGGAGUGUUUGUGGGAUCGGGCAUCUUCAAGUCUGGAGAUGCGGCCAAGCGCGCAAAGGCUAUUGUGCAGGCUGUAACGCACUACAAGGACGCCAAGGUGCUCAUGGAGGUCUCAAUGGACCUGGGCGAGGCCAUGGUCGGCAUCAACUGUAGCACCAUGGGCGAGGAGGAGAAGUUGGCCAAGCGCGGCUGGUGAGCUAUUGGGUCAACGAGGCUGUGGAGG